AUGGUCAGUCGCACGUGUCACGUCACGCCACGUCUCGUCCCCUCGCCCCCGAUCCGCUUUCUCCGCCGUGCCGCCAUGACCGCUGCUGCGGCCCGCAUCGCUCUUUCCCACUCUAGUUUUUCACGGCCGCCGAACGGCAUGCGCGGGGGAGAGCGGGAGGGGGAAGGGGAGGAGGGGCGGGAGGGAGAGGAGGAAUUCGCGGAGAUUGGCGAGGGGGACGAGGAGCUGGUUGAAAUCGACUCCGGAGACGAUGACGUCCUGUCUGCCGACUUUGAUGACGACGACACGCCUGCUGAGCUCGCAGACGAUGGCAUGGGGGGCGAGGAGGGCGAGGAGGAUGAGGAGGGAGGGCAGGACGACUCAGUGCAUGUGUUUACGGCGCACACAGACUGUGUGUACGCCGUGGCGUGCAGCCCUCUCCCGGGCGGCAGAGUGGCAUCGGGCGGCGGGGACGAGGUGGCGUACCUGUGGACCAUCGGGCAGGCGGAGGACCCCGUCAAGCUCCAAGGGCACAGGGACAGCAUAGCGGCGGUGGAGUUCAGUGGGGACGGGCGGUGGGUGGCCACGGCGGGGCUGGACGGAGUGGUCAUGCUGUGGGACGCCGCCUCGGGGGAGAGGCGCCACCGCCUUGAGGGGCCCGGGGAGGGCAUCGAGUUCCUGACGUGGCAUCCACGUGGCGCGGUGGUACUGGCGGGGUCGGAGGACCUGACAGCGUGGAUGUGGAAUGCGGAGACGGGGGCGUGCAUGGCCGUCUUCACGGGGCACAGCGCUGGGGUCACCUGUGGGGCCUUCUCCCCCGAUGGCCGGGCAGUGUGGACGGGGUCAACGGACGGGUCCGUGCGCUGCUGGGACCCGCGCUCUGCCGCCACCACCGCCACCCUCGCAGGGCCGUUGUUCCACAGCGACGCCAUCACGUGUCUGGCCAUGGCGCCACAGGGCUCAGUGGGCGCGGCUGGCUCCGCCGACCACACCACCGCCCUCUUUGGCCUGCAGCAGCCCAGGGUGUUGGGGUUACUAACAGGGCACACAGACUCGGUGGAGGCGGUCGUCUUCAACCCCCAGGGGCCAACGGUGGCAACGGCAUCACUGGAUGGGUCAGUGCGCAUAUUUGACAUCAACUCGCUGCAGCUGCGCUCCACCUGCACACACCAGGACGGGGUGGUGCAGAUGGCAUGGGCGCCCGCAGCACCAGUGCUGGUGACGGCGACAGCAGAUGGAGCAGUGCACGUGUGGGAUGCACGCACGGGGGCCGUUCAGAAGACCCUGCGUGGCAACCGUGAUGCCGUGCUCUCCCUUGCCCUCACCCCUGAUGGGACCUUUGCGGUGACGGGGUCGGACGACCACACGGCGCGUGUUUUCGAGCUCUAG